CCUUCCGCAGAUUUAGCAGCAAUAAAUGGAGAAAUCUGAAAUACGACUGCAGCGCAUGUCAAAUGUAUAUCAAUCGCAAUCGAGCUAUAUGUAUCUGAGGAACAAGAUGCUGUUAAAAAUCGAAAAUACCCUACUCCGAAGCCAUCGUCAGCGCGAGACCACCGGAAUUAAGAAACUGUACAAUUCGUUUUUCGUAUUGUUUUAACUUGGCUCGGUCCCCCACCCCUUCCAAGGCCCCAAGAACACACGCACAACGCAACUAUUCCAAUUCCACAUAAUUGUGAACAAAAAAAACCAUAGAAAAAGUUACAAAAAACCCAAAAAAACAAACAAACAAAAAAAAAGAAGGAGUAUAGACAUAAAUAGUGAAUAAUAAAUAAUUAACUAUAACGAUAUUAUUUGGUUGUUAGUCGAACUCACGCGGAGUGCAACAAAUCCACAAUCCAAAUCUGAAAUCCUGAGUGCUGUGCGCAUAACGGUGUUAGUGUCAUAACGAACAUUUUGAACAAAGAUGCAAAAUGUUAACCUAAGCAAAUCCAAACCUAAUUAAGGCAUCUCAAUA